UCUGUGGAAUCCUCACUUGAUGCACUCAUCUGCAAAACAAAAAUCAAUAAAAACACAUUAAUUAUAAAUAAAAUGUGGUUGCUAAGAGAGUUUGAGGGGAGGAGGAUUCUUAGUUUGGUAAGCGAAAAUGAAUUAGAAAGAAAAUAAGGAAACACUCUCUGAGAGCUCCGCCCCCAAAGCAUGUCACAAAUAGGAACUAGGAAUAGGUUCACUUACUCUACAACUCAGAAGACAAAGCAGAUCAUGGCAUCGAGCUACAAUAUGCAAAGCACUCUAUGUCUGAGGAUUCUGGGGUGUUCUCUGCUUUUGACAAUAUUUCCUGUCACAGAAGUCAAAGGUAUGCAAGAGUUUUCAAAGCCGGUCGGAGGGAACGUGACUUUUCAAUGCCCCGUUGACAAGAACAGGGGAUUACAAUUUGUCUAUGUCCAAAGGGGCAAAGAGUUUGUCAAUGGAUUUCACUCUACCAGGGAUCUGUUACAUAAAUGGAACAACACAAAAUUUGAAAAUUUAACAUUUUACAUGUAUCAUCUGGAGCUCACUCAUAGUGGGGUCUAUGAGUGUAUCAUCAUGUACCAUGGUGAUGUUCAUGAGAAGCUUGAGUAUAACCUCACUGUCACAGUCCCCUACAGAAAGCCAUCAUUCACAACGGAGUGCAAGGACAAGAAGGGUGUCACAAGUUGCCAGGUGACCUGUACGUCUCAGGAUGGCUUCCCGAGUAAAAAGUUUGAGAUCGUCUCUGCCCAGGGAGUGAACAACGAUGGGGGAAUGGUCACAAGUCGCAAUGACUCUUUGUUCAACCUCACCACGAAGCUGUUCAGCAGCACUGUCACUGUGGAGUUCAACUGCUCCAAAAAGGAAGUGUACACCCCAAUCAGACCCAUACAUCUUCAUCAGUUUUGGCAUUCUAGCACUGGUUUUGGUGUUGGCUGCUAUCUCCCUCAUAAUCUUCAGAAGAAGAUAUUCAGGUGCGAAAAGUGACAACGGGCCAGCCACCAAUGCACAAGAGGGUGUAACCCUAAAUCAACAAGCAAAAUCCCAAGAAGAAUCUGUAGUCUGAGCCCGUUUUCUCAAUCUGGGAUUUUGACAUUCAUGAGAGCUGUAUUGACUCCAAGAGGGCGGAGCAAAGCGAGCAUGCUGGCGACACCGCAGUCGCACUUGACUUUCAGGCGUUUGAGGAAGUCGCUGCUGUUUACUGGUGAAGCAAAGUGCGUCACUGAACUGAGAGCCACUGACUUCUCCUAAAGCAGGACUUUUCCAGUAGUGGGGGCAGAACAUUCUGAAGUAUACUGGAAAUCUGUAUAAGGCAGUGACCUUAAACUAUACUGUGAAUAAAAUUUCACAGACGAA